AUGAUGAUGACAUGUUAUCGAAACAGUGUUAAAUGUAUGCUACUUUUGUUUUUCAUGGGAUUGGCUGCAUUGAAUACUUAUAGUUAUUGGAGGGAUAGUCUAAACGUGAAUAUCCUAAAUACUAGUAUGCAUCCAGAUGUUACUGUAGAACAGAGUUCUAUUACUCCAUUCCAAUGCCCGUUUGAAUCCUGGAACCAAGUACAUUCUGAUAUUGUUCCAAAUGAGAAUCUACAUCUGGAAUGGAUUCAAAAUAAUAUCUCACGACGAGACAAUAUUUUGGAAUCACAAAUCCGACUUUUGUCUUCUUUCGUCUAUUUGGAUCAUAUUUCAAUUACAACUAAUUCACAGAGGAGUUAUGGCCAAAAAGUCUACUGUCGCUACUUCAACUGCCUCCGUGAAGAGGUCUCCAACUCCUCGUAUCAAUCAAUAUUUUUCCCAAUGAAUGUAAUCAGAUGUCCGAGAAGAAUUGGUGUGAAAUAUAUGUCGAUUAGUUUUGAUUCGGAAGAGAUACCACAAGAACCGAUUCCACUUGUCUAUAGAGUUUUUGAGGCGCCAAUCCACGAGGUAUCAGUAUGCGUCGGUCCGAUAUACGGCUCGGAGAGCAAGUGGUUAGAAGUUGCAGAGUUUAUGGAACAUUAUAAACUGAUUGGUGUACGGUACUUCUAUUUUACAGUAUUCAAUAUGAAUGAGUACAGUCGGAAGAUUAUUGAUGAGUAUCUGAGAACAGGAGAAAUCGAGUUGACCGUAAUCCAAUCUGAAUACAAAACAAUUGAUUGGCAGUUUCAUCUCCUCCAGAUUAAUGAAUGCCACCAACGGAGUAAACAUCAUUCGAAAUGGGUUAUAAACGUGGAUAUUGAUGAGAGAUUGGUUAUUUUGGAUGAUAAAAUAAAAUCAGUUGGAAGUUUAUUGAGUGGAUAUAAUGAUACAGUUGCUGAGGUCGGAUUUGCGAUUCGAAGAAUUCAGAAGACGGAAAAACUGCCGGAAAAAUAUGAAAGUGAUGAGCAGAUUAUAUCCGAAAUGGAAUUCCUCAAAUACAACGUGUCUUCUCCAGUCACUGAGAAACUGCCGGAAAAAUAUGAAAGUGAUGAGCAGAUAUUCUUCGAAAUGGAAUUCCUCAAAUACAACGUGUCUUCUUCAAUCACUUGGGGUGCCUACAAAACGAUUUAUCGACCGGUAAAGAACAAUGACUUCCGUAGCACUGAGAAAAAUAUCCUUGGAUCAGGAUGGCUGACUGAUCCAAAUUACAAAAACUUUUCAAUUGUUCCGGAAGAAACGAAAUUCGCAGAGAAACUGAAGGAGAAUAAAAGGACGACAUUGAGAACAGUUCUGGAAAUCAAGAAGACGGCAGGCCCAUCCCCUGGCAGUGGAAACUUUCAUUUCAGAAAGCGAGGAAGUUCGAAACGCGCCAUGUCUGGACCUGCUCAUAAGAAAACGACAUCAACUUCGAUGGAAUUGAGCGACACUGUAGAUGAGGAAGACGAUCACUUCGAUGAGAGCAACGAAUAA